UAGCGGAGCAGCUUCGUAGUGUUUAAUUUCGAUUCCAGCUGAUCGUACUCGACACUCCUUUCGCUCGCGUCUAGAAUGCUAUGUAGCUGGAGUUCGUUGUUCGCAAGACUUGAAACUCUGGCCAGCGCGUUGCAUCGUUCGUAUUUAGAUAUUUCUUUUCCACCAUUACGGGGCACGACCAACAGUGACGUUUAACGCAGUGAUAGUGAAGUUAAAGCAGUGAAGUAUUCUCUCGCCCGUGCAACGAUAUCCACAAUGGCCGAAAUAAAAGCCAUGGAACAUCCGACAUUGAAGGUGCCGUAUGAAAUUCUGAACAAGCGGUUCAGAAUUGCCCAAAAGACACUCGACCGUGAGCUGAGCCAAAUCCAGAACGUGGCCUCGGAGCUUGAGAAGGGCUUGACCGAGGGUUCGGACAGCACAGAGAUCUCCCGACUGCUCGGUGGCGUCGUCGAGCGACUGCAGGUCCUGAAGCGCAAGGCGGAGGAAAGCAUCUCUGAGGAGCUGUCGGCCGGUUACGUGUGCAAACGUCGCCUGGAGCACCUGAAGCAGAACGUGAACCCGCCCAUCGACGCGUCCACGCUCGAGCUGCAAACGGCGGCCACAAAUCAGUGGAAAAAGAUUCGCCUGGAUCGCAUGAUCGUGGAGCACUUCCUGCGUCUCGGCUACUACGAUACGGCUGAGCGGUUGGCCGAACGAAGCGGCAUUCGCGACCUGACCAACCUGGACAUCUUUCAGGUGACGCGCGAGGUCGAGCGCGACCUGGUGAAUCGCUGCACGCUCAAGUGCAUCGCCUGGUGUAAUGACAACAAGUCGAAGCUGAAGAAGAUCAACUCCACCAUCGAGUUUCAGCUGCGGGUGCAGGAGUUUGUCGAGUUGAUCCGCGACGACAAGCGCGUACUGGCGGUGCGCCACGCCCAGAAGUACUUCCCGGCGUUUGAGCACGAACAGCUGAAGGAAAUUCGCCAGUGUAUGGCCCUGUUGGCGUUCCCGGUGAGCACCGAGAUCGAGCCGUACAAGACAUUGUUCGAUCCACAGCGCUGGCACGAUUUGGUGCUGCAUUUCCGCCUGGAGAACUAUCGCCUCUUCCAGUUGCCGUCCCAGUCGGUGCUGAGCGUGGCCGUACAGGCUGGCAUAUCGGCCCUAAAGACACCGCAGUGCUACUCGUACACAUCGAAAAACAUGAACUGCCCGGUUUGUCAGGAGAACGUGAACGAAAUUGCUGAGAACCUACCGUUCUCGCACUGUGCCCAGAGUCGUCUGAUUUGCAGAAUAACGGGCAAACCACUGAACGAACACAAUCUCCCGAUGAUGCUGCCGAACGGACAGAUCUUCGGCCAGCAGGCUAUCGAGCAGAUGCGACGCGAAAACGACAUCAUCGUUUGCCCGAAAACGAACGAAACGUUCCGUGCGCCAAAGAUCGAAAAGGUUUUCGUUAUGUAGUAGCUUGGCAUGCGAAAAACCGGAACAACUCCACCAGCACGUACCAUUAAACUGUGCUUUCCUCCGGCAUCCCGGGGGGUUCUUUGGAUCAUCUUUCGAUGCGGAGACUCACGAUUGGGUUAUUCCCUGCUUUGAAGAUUCUACUAUAAGCUCGUUUCUUUUAAAACAUCGAAUAAUAUUGAAUUUUAAUUUGUAUUACCUUCGGAAUUGUUCGACAUGCAAAAUUUUGCAUGUUUUUAUUUUAUUCUUUCAAAUUCUUUUCCAUUGGAAACAGCACUUAUGUGCUUCACUAUUUUCUUUGUCGAAAUUAAUUUUUAAAUUUUCUCUAUCUUCUUUACACAUUUGAAUGUUUGAAAAUAAUUGUACAAUACCUUCUUAAGCUUGUUAGCUUUCUUAAGAAUUUUUCUUUUACUUUAAGAAACAAAUACUGUGUGAUCAUCAAUCAGCCACAUGGAAGGUGAUAGAUUCACUACUGGCAUUGAAUCAACAUAUUCAACAUAUAAAACUAAAUUGAAUCAACAUAUUCAAUCCACAUGUGGUUGAAGUGGCAAGCCAUCAACAAUGCGAAAGUCCCUCAUCUGUGGAACAAGCAUGGAACAUCCCGCAACAAACAAUAUGAAAUGAUAGGAUGCGUUAGGUUAUAUAAGUGAAAUAAAAAACCCUUCGUAAUCACUAACAUAGACUACCGAUUCAGAACAGGUUUGAGGGAACAGUAGUGUGUAAGGGAGUAAUACGCAGGGAUACGCAAAGUUCAAACUACCGGAACCGCACCGCGUGACCGUAACGACAAAGCAGAAAAAGAUUGUUUUCUUCAGGCGAGACGACACAAUCGACACAUUGUGAAAACGUUUACAAUACAGUUUGGUGUUGCCAUAACAUGCUAGCGGCCUGAACCGAGAAAUGAAGCACGAGUCAACGCUAAAACAAGUCUAGGUUUGCAUAAAUGUAUAUUACGACAUCAACAUUAACGAAGUAACUAUGAGAUUAAGAGUGAAUAUUUGUUUGCUAUAUGAUUUUGAAUAAAAUAAAGUGAUAAGCUUUCAAA